UUCUUCCAUGUGUGUGUAUGUGUGUGUGUGAGAGAGAGAGAGAGAGAGAGAGAAUCGAACGAUUGAGUUAGAGAGAGAGAGAGAGAGAGAGAGAGUGCAGAUUAUACGAGAAAUCGAAGAUACGGAUGUCAUUAAGAUCAAUCUUCGACGCUGCUGAGAUCAGAGCGGAAUUUCAGAAAGCAGGAAUCAGCACUCACUUCAUCACUUUCAUAUGGAAGCAUGUGAUUCAGAACCCUAAUUGCGAAUGGCACGAAGUUCCUUCGUUGCCCUCUGCAGCUUACUCACUCCUUCGAACCAAAUUCAAACCCUUGACUUCUACUCUUGACUCCGUCUUUGAUUCAACCGACGAGGUCACUACCAAGCUCCUCAUCAAGUUGCAGAAUGGAGCAUUUGUGGAGGCAGUGGUAAUGCGGUAUGAUUCACGUUUGGGGAAAUAUGGCGGAGAUCCUCGCCCGGGUGGUCCAAGAGCAACCUUGUGUAUAUCUUCUCAGGUUGGUUGCAAAAUGGGUUGCAAAUUUUGUGCAACUGGCAGCAUGGGAUUCAAAAACAAUUUAUCUUCAGGAGAAAUUGUGGAACAAUUAGUGCAUGCCCUUCGCUUAUCUCAUAUACGCAAUGUUGUCUUUAUGGGAAUGGGGGAACCAUUAAAUAACUAUGCUGCUUUGGUAGAGGCUAUCCAUGUCAUGACAGGACCUCCCUUUCGGCUUUCAUUGAAGAAAAUUACUGUCUCGACGGUUGGGAUAAUACAUGCUAUCAAGAAGCUUCCCACUGACAUACCAAAUCUGAACCUAGCAGUGUCUCUGCAUGCACCUGUUCAAGAUAUUCGUUGUCAGAUAAUGCCUGCAGCUCGGGCUUUUCCUUUGGAGAAACUUAUGGAUACACUGCGAGAAUAUCAAAAGAAGUGUCAGCAAAAAAUCUUUAUUGAGUACAUCAUGCUUGAUGGGGUGAAUGAUGAAGAGCAGCAUGCCCACCAGCUUGGCAACUUGCUGGAGACAUUUCAAGUGGUUGUAAACCUGAUACCUUUCAAUCCAAUUGGUACCUUGAGUAAUUUCAGAAGCAGCAGCGAACAAAGAGUGACCAGAUUCCAGAAAAUACUUAGGGGUACCUAUAACAUCCGAACAACGGUUCGUAAGCAAAUGGGCCAAGACAUAAGCGGUGCAUGUGGUCAGUUGGUUGUUAACCUGCCUGAGAAGAGGUCUAUUGGGCAUGAUCACUUAACUGACAUUGAAGAUCUUCAUCUUUGAUAUAACAAAUUGUUCGGCAUCUACUCUAAAAAUUGCAGGUUUUAUUUGCCGUCAUGUUAGCAGUUGGAGGGUCUCUUAGACGACUUUCCAUGUCAGAGCUUGUGGGAUAUGGCUUGGCUUCUGUUUGGAGCGAGUGAAAUUCCAAAAACUCGGUUUUAUGUCAAGCGUACAUGUAGUACCAGUAUUAUGGUCGGAACAAAAAAAAUUCUCAGUUGAAAGGGUACAUUCGGACCAGAUACAGAGAUACCGUCAAGGGAAGCAGUUGUCCAAAAUGUUGACAUAACUGGGCUUUUGCCUGUUUUCAUAGAGUACAAGAUUUAUAGAAUUUGAGUGUAUGUCUCAAGAUGAUGUUAACAUGGUAGUAAUAAUUGUAGUAGAGAAUUUUUAUAUAUUGAAGUUUGUGUACUUAAAGAUGAAUGGAGCAUUUUCAUCUCAGCCUAUUUUUAAUCCCAACAUUUAUGCGAGUAGUAAAUGAUGUUAUCAUGA